CACAACAAAGCUAACCUUUAAAAGAUUGUUUACUUACAUGCAUUUUUUCAUAUUUAGAAACAUUUAAUUAGUAAAAAUUGCCCUGAGUUACAAUGACUUCCAUAGCAGAAAACUUGGAUCCUGUUAAACCACAUGAAAAGAAGAAUGCUGUAAAAGUGAAUCUGGCUAUAACCAAACUGGUCGAGACCGUUGAGAAGAAAGUAAAAGCAGGCCAUACGGACAAAGAUUUGGAGGAGUUAAAGCAGUUACGAGAGUUAUGUGGAAGUGAGGACCCGCUAAUGAGUGUCACGGCUUGCCACGGGCUCGUCUACCUCGUCAAGGCUUAUGUCAGUCCUUUAGAAAACACCAUCUCAGCAUUGGUUGCCUCAUUGUUCUCCGUCAAGAGUGUAACAGGCGUGUGCAGCGCUCUGACCGAGUUGCUGAUAUUAGAGCUGCGUUGCCGAGCGGUUGCAGAGCCCAGCUAUACAUGUCCUUACAACACCAAGAAUCCUCUGCAUCCUCUGGUGGCUGUGCUGAAGAGGAGACCUCAAGCUUGGACGGAGGUGCUCAAUAACGUCUCUGUGAUCUGCACUCAUCCUGACAAACAGGUUCAAAGUCAAAGCCUAGAGCUUGUCAAGCCAGUUCUUGUAUACGUCUUGCGGGAGGCAACGGACUUAACAGAGUCCAGCAGACUGAAGGUGUUCAAAGUCAUCAUUAACCACUACUCUGAUGGGGAAUUUCUCAUUGAAGCUCUGGCUUCUUGCCUGUGCUGGAACAACGCCAAAGUGUUGGAAGCAGUAGAGAUUGUGUCACUACUGAGUGAGUCAGCUCUCAACAGUAAACACGGACUGCAUGUGUCACUAUGCUGCCUCGCGUUGGCAGGACUGGUACCCAGACUACUACAGGCCGCAGUCUGUCCUCAGCCUGCCUUGCGACUGUUGGCAACACUGGCUCAAACAGCUGUCAACACUCACUCUACGUUGUUGGCACUACUGGCUGACUCCAUUCCUACCUGUCCAGCACCUUACUUGGAACACUUGCUUGUGUUUAUAGUUGAGAUUCUGCACCAAAACCAAAGCUCGCUUGAUUGUGUGUGGAUGUGCGUUAGUGCAUUGAUGCCGUGGUUGGCCAGCAACCCCAGCCACCUCCACAAGGCACUACACAGUGCUACCCUGAUAGUGAGUCACGCCAGUGGUACCAACACGUCUCCCUCCACCACCGCCACCUUAAUUGGCAACCCUGCUGUGUCUGCGUUCAUCUCUGCCGAUCCCAGACUCACCCAGGCGCUGCAUAUUGCGAGACUCAGUGAAAUCCUAAGGACGGACAAAACAGCUACAUUAGAUUGGCUGAGGUGCAACUCCACUAUUGAGCUGGAUCAGACACAUCUGUAUGUCAGUGCUCUCCUCAUCUCUCAUCCUUCCACUGAGGUUAGGUUGGCAGCAUUGCCAGCAGUAGUUGAGUCUCAAGCACCAAUAGCCUCUUCUCACACUCUCACAUUGCUGUUAUUUCAUCUUCCUAGAGAGAAGCAUCCAGAGAUCAAUCUAGCUUUACUCAGAUCUCUCCCUCGUACAGCCGUAGACAAGAACAACGUGAUGGGUGUAGUGUCAACUAUAGAAGCCAUCAGACGAGUGAACCAGCUGAAUUCACUACUGGCUGUAGACCUGUAUUGCCAACUGUGGGAGAACCAAGAGCGAUGUUUCCCCCAACUUAUGAACAUUCUCAACCAAGACGUGUCUUGCCAGGACGACCCCUGUGUUUCCCACAUGCUACAAGCAAACAUCUGCAAGGUCAUCUGCCAAGCUAAGCCGGAGAUGCAUGGGAAGGAGUUGGUAGCGAAAGUGUCAGAUCUGCUUAACCGGUGCAGUGCGCCAAGAGAUGCAGCUGCUUCGGCGCUCGCACUCGACGCUCUCAUCCCGUUGUGUCGUCAAGACGUAGUAGACAUUCUCACCAUCUGGCGCAGCUUGUCUCCGAGGUUCUCCAAAGACAAGCGACCGUUGGUGCUCUGCAGUCUAUGUGAGCUGGUGAGUGUAGCUGCAGUACAGAAGUCUACUGCUGGAGAGUCAGACGACACAGUAUGUCAGAUACUCAAAUGGCUGUGGAACAUAGUGGCGACCAACAAACACACUCAAGUAGUAGACUCUGCUCUCUGCGCUUUAUCCAAGUUCCGGCCAGACCUGAUGAGUUUGAAAAUGUUACCAGAAUGUUUCCGUCGAGGCGUCAAAAUUCCGCCUGAGUUAGUGAAGACACCAGCUGAUGCUGCUCGUAAACCCGAGGACGUCCUUGAUUACGUUCCAGGGGAGUGCUGGGUCCAAGUCCUCAGUUUUGUUGGCAGAGAGUCAGCCAGUAAGGCCGUGGCAGGAUGGAUAAAGAUGGAAGUCGCAUCAUUUAGAGGUGCCAAAUUGUAUCAGGUAGACAGACAAGAACCUACGAGCUAUGGACAUCUACCAGCUCAAAGCGUGGUUCGUGGCGUAACCACCUCUUUGCAGCAAUUAUGUAAAGAUGCGUCUGCAGACGACGUUAACACGAUCAACCUCUGUCUAGUCGCUCUGCUACAGCCAACGCCCAAACCUUUGCCCUCCUUAUCAUGGGCAUUCCUUCAACAACUGGAGCGUUUAGAGGAUGCUGAGUUGACAAAGAAUAUUGUCCGCCUCACUUCUAAACAGUCCCAGAUUUCUCCAUUGGCUAGAAAAACCACCGAAGCUUACAUCAGCGAUUGUGGAAAUAAUAAAGAUAAAAUUGAGUUCUUGUACUCGACUCUGACUGAUCUAUGCAAAGGUAUUCCUCCCACCAUCUUGCGACCUUUCUUGGAGAGGACUCUAUUUUCAGCGUUAAAGGAAAAAGAUUACGACCACUUUUCAAAAAUGAUCAGCAGCAUCAAGACUACGUUAAAGGAAGAGAAGAUCCAUGAUGCAAACAGAACGAUGCUUCAUCAAGUUGUCAAACUGCUGUGGGAAGCUAUCGAGCCUCAGAGUCCAGUACUCUCAGACUACUUCUCCUGUGUAAGUGAGUUGCCAGUGAGUGUCACUGAGAGUAUGACCUCCACCUCUACAAUGUGGGAAGUGACGAGCGCUCAGCUACAGAAGGCCUUCCACUUGCGAGCAUACAUGGCGCUCACUCCAGACACUCAGAACCCACUCAACUGGAUCAACGAGAUUAUUGACGCUGCAGCAAGUAACAUAGGGGAACAGCCAUUGGCUAUGCAGUUGGUGACGGAGGUUAUGUACAAAUUGAGGAACCAUGAAACUGCCUGGCCUUGGCUACGAGAACUUAUGGGACAGUCUCAUCUUUCAUCAGCUGAUAAUAAGGGAGGGUUGGAGUUUCUAGUGACGGUGUUUAUGUUGUGUGUCGACAUCAUAUCAGGCUUCAGUAGCCUCGCUCCAGGGCUCCAAGAGUCAAAGGCUAGCCUCGCACAGGACACAAGAACCCUCAGGUUUCCUCAAGCUGUCGUCUCAUUGGUCAUUCGGUUUGGUGAUGCCAACACAAUGGUGGAGUGGCUUAAUCAUAUGCGAUGCUGCGAGUCAUUUCCCACCAAUCUGACUUCAACGUUUCAACUUGCCGCCAGAAAUGUGUCUUUCUUAACAAGAUAAGGUAUUUUAGAAAUGUUAAUAUAAUUAUUUAUUUAUUGUU